AUGUCGUACUUCUUCUCAACCCCCGUCGACAUCGACAUUGUGCUAGAGGACGCCGACGAGCGGUCCAUGGUCGAUGUCAAGCUCGACAAGAACCGGCGCGAGAAGGCGCCGCUGUACAUGGACGGCGAGUCCGUCAAGGGCGCCGUCACCAUCAGACCCAAGGAUGGCAAGCGGCUAGAACACACCGGCAUUAAGGUCCAAUUCAUCGGCACGAUAGAAAUGUUCUUUGACCGCGGAAACCACUACGAAUUCCUCUCCCUCGUCCAGGAGCUUGCGGCCCCGGGCGAGCUGCAGCACCCGCAGACAUUCGACUUCAACUUCAAAAACGUCGAGAAGCAGUACGAAUCGUACAACGGCAUCAACGUCAAGCUGCGCUACUUUGUCCGCGUCACCGUCUCCCGCCGCAUGGCCGACGUCAUCCGCGAAAAGGACAUUUGGGUCUACUCGUACCGCAUACCCCCCGAGAUGAACUCAUCCAUCAAGAUGGACGUCGGCAUCGAGGACUGCCUCCACAUUGAGUUUGAGUACUCCAAAUCCAAAUACCACCUAAAGGACGUCAUUGUCGGUCGUAUAUACUUCUUGCUCGUCCGCCUCAAGAUAAAACACAUGGAGCUGUCCAUCAUCCGGAGGGAGACGACGGGCGCCGCGCCGAAUCAAUAUAAUGAGAGCGAGACCCUAGUGCGUUUCGAGAUUAUGGAUGGCUCGCCUUCGAGAGGAGAGACGAUCCCCAUCCGCCUCUUCCUCGGCGGCUUCGACCUGACACCCACGUUCCGGGACGUGAACAAGAAGUUCUCCACCCGGUACUACCUCAGUCUCGUGCUCAUCGACGAAGGCAUGUCACAAAUCCCCUUCCCCAAUUCAUAA